AUGAGCGACAAAGAAGUGAAAUACGUAGACGCUGGCGCCGCCUACGACAGCAGCAACCCCAGAGGCGGCUCGACCGAAUUGCAACCUGGAGAUGUGUCUGAAAAUGCCGAUGGACUACAACGCCGGCUCAAUAACCGACAGAUCCAACUUAUUGCGAUUGGAGGCUCGAUCGGCACUGCUCUUUUCGUGAGUAUAGGGACUGGUCUGGCAAGAGGAGGCCCGCUCAGUCUGUUCCUCGCCUACGCCGUCUAUAGCUGCGUUCUGGGCCUGGUCAACAACUGCAUCGCCGAGAUGAUUGUGCUGCAACCCGUGUCGGGCGGGUUCGUUCGUCUCGCCGGCAAAUGGGUCGACGACGCAUUUGGCUUUAUGGCAGGCUGGAACUUCUUCUUCUACGAAGCGCUCUUGAUCCCUUUCGAAAUCACCGCUCUGAAUCUGGUAUUGUCUUUCUGGACGGACGCCAUACCCACCGCUGCCGUCUGCGCCGCUUGCAUCGUGCUCUAUGCACUUUUGAACGUCUUGGCUGUCCGUAUCUAUGGAGAAGCCGAGUUCUGGCUUUCCGGAGGCAAAGUCAUCUUGAUCAUCAUGUUGUUCUUCUUCACCUUCAUCACCAUGGUGGGCGGUAAUCCACGCCACGACGCCUACGGCUUCCGGUAUUGGAGAGACCCUGGUCCGAUGGCCGAAUACCACACCAAGGGGGGCCUAGGCCGAUUCGAAGGGCUGCUUGCCGCUCUGUGGUCCGCCUCGUUCACUGUCGUGGGACCGGAGUAUAUUGCGAUGGUGGCGGCUGAGGCGAAACGGCCGCGGAUCUACAUCAAGAAUGCCUUCAAGACCAUCUAUUGGCGAUUCGGCAUCUUCUUCAUCCUGGGUGCUCUGUGCGUCGGCAUCGUCGUCCCCUACAAUGACCCGACUCUGGUAGGCGUUAUCACGGGCACAGUCUCCGGCGGUGGGACGGCCGCUGCCUCUCCUUAUGUGAUCGCCAUGGAGAACCUCGGCGUGAGCGUGAUGCCACACAUUACCAACGCGCUUAUGCUGACGAGCAUCUUCUCUGCCGGAAACACCUACACCUACUGUGCCACACGCAGCUUGUACGGACUAGCACUGGAAGGCCGAGCGCCCCGCUUCCUGACCAAGGUUACCCGCCAGGGCGUGCCGAUAUGGUCUUUCUGCUGCGUCAUGCUGUUCCCGUUUCUCUCGUUCCUGCAGGUCGGGAGCGGGUCCUCGACCGUCUUGACAUGGCUGGUCAACCUGAUCACUGCUGGCGGCCUCAUCGACUACAUCGUCAUGUGUGUGACAUAUCUGUGCUUCUACCGCGCCUGCAAGGCCCAGGGCCUCGAUCGCAGCACCCUGCCUUAUACUGGCUGGUUCCAGCCAUACUGUGGAUGGAUAGGUCUCGUAGUGGAGACGCUGGUCGUGAUUUUUUUUGGAUAUUCGAGUUUCACGCCCUGGGACGUCGGCACGUUCUUCUCAAACUACACCAUGGUUCUUGUGGCUCCUGUCCUGUUUGUGGGUUGGAAGCUCAUCAAGAAGACCCGAUUCGUGCGGCCCCUCGAGGCCGACCUUGUCUGGGAUCGACCCAUUGUCGAUGCUUACGAAGCCACUUUCAUCUCGCCUCCGGUCGGCUUCUGGACGGAAAUGCUGCAGGUGGUUGGGUUCAACCGCAACAAAAGCGACGAUCGCCGAACCUCUAUACAGGUAUUGGAACAGGAGCUUGAGGGGGAUAAAGCUCGACCGUAA